UCGUCCCCGGCGUCCGUCAUGAGGGACCGGAGUUCCUGGAGCCGGAACCGAAGCCGGAGCCGGCGGGGAGCGCGUUCGCCCGGGACUCGGAGGCAUUCAGGAGCCACAGAUGCUGCAGGGGAAUAAAUGUGAUCAGUCCAGAAGAUUUAUUUUGGCUCUAGUUUGAAGGAUGGAUUGGAGAAGGGAAGAGACUGCUGGUAGGGAGACCUACCACAAGGCUUCAGGGAAGAGCUUCAGGUCCAUGACACAAAAUGACCCUCACAGUGAAGAUUCUCGUCCUUAAACAAGAAGACCAAACCGGAGGUUGUGAUGAACAUGCCACUGAGUCAGAUCUCUGUCAUUCCAGCUCGAGAUGCUACCUCUACCAGGGUCUCCAGGAGUAAGACCAAAGAAAAAGAUAGGGAAGAGCAGAAUGAGAAGACUUUGAGGCAUUCCAUGAGUAGUUCAAGUCACAUUUCUAAGGCUGGAAGUCCAACAUGCGCGUCAGCUCCCCAUGGCUUCUCUCGCACGUCUGUUACCCCAUCUAACCAAGACAUCUGCAGUUCCAGUGCAGUGUUUUCUGAAUGUUGUCAUCACAGUCCCGUGCAGUCAGCUGUUGUCUUGAAAUCUGCUCUCUGCCCGAGUUCUCUGACACAAGGGGUCACUGUGACAGUGAUCUGUAAAGACACAUUACAGGCCUCAAAGAAAAACUCCUAUGGUCCAGAAUGGAUCCAGGCCUUUAAGCCUCCUAAGAAUACCAAAGCCAGAAGAACUCUCAAGUUCUCCAAGUCCCUCAAUGAUGUGGUCGAGAAGGCCCAGAAUAAUAUGGAGAAUUUUGACUGUGUAGAAAGAACUUAUUCUGAAGGAAAAUUAGCACCACCUCAAGACCAGUGCCUCAGGAUGAACAAAUUUCACCAUAAGGAAAAACAGAUUCUCAAUCUGAAGCCUCUUGUAUUUGGCAAUUAUAAACACUCACAUGUUCCAUCAUUUUCUGCGAAUCAUGCAAGCACCUUUGGAAUAGGAGCCAACCAAGGGAGUUUCAACAUCCCAUCCCUUGAAGAGAAAGCAGAUAAUGAGGCAGCCUUGAAAAGCAAACGAUUGCUCUGUUACCUCUUUUCCUUCUCUCACAGUUCAAGCACCAGCAGUUUGCACAAGUUCCAUGAGCUGGAAAGCUGCUCUGCUGGCUUGCUGGCAGCUAAAUCUUCCAGUGUGUUGGUGGGGAGCACGGGCUUCUGCUCAGAUGAUAUGGGGGAUGAUGAUGUCUUUGAGGACAGUGUAUCCUCCAAGCUGAAAAACAAGGAGAUACGGGCACCCCUCUGCUCCACUGAGAAAGAUAGUGACCUGGAUUGCCCUUCUCCCCUGUCUGAAAAGUUUACCCCCUUAUCCCCUGUGUCAGCAUCAGGAGACACAUGCAGGAUAUGUCACUGUGAAGGAGAUGAUGAGAAUCCUCUUAUUACACCCUGUCACUGCACAGGAAGUCUUCAUUUUGUCCACCAAGCCUGCCUACAACAGUGGAUCAAAAGUUCGGACACACGAUGCUGUGAACUCUGCAAGUACGAGUUUAUAAUGGAGACCAAAUUAAAGCCUUUAAGAAAAUGGGAAAAAUUGCAGAUGACAUCCAGUGAACGGAGGAAGAUCAUGUGCUCUGUAACAUUCCAUGUCGUUGCAAUCACGUGUGUGGUGUGGUCCCUGUAUGUCCUCAUAGACCGGACUGCUGAGGAGAUUAAGCAGGGGCAGACAACUGGGAUCCUAGAAUGGCCCUUUUGGACUAAACUGGUGGUCGUGGCCAUAGGCUUCACUGGUGGACUGCUCUUUAUGUAUGUACAGUGCAAAGUGUAUGUACAAUUAUGGAAGAGACUUAAGGCUUAUAACAGAGUGAUCUAUGUCCAGAACUGUCCAGAAACAAGUAAAAAGAAUAUCUAUGAAAAACCUGCACUAACAGAGCCAAAUUUCGAAAGUAGAGAUGGGCGGCAUGGGGCCUGUCAUUCUGACACAACAGAGUCUGACGACCGUGGAGCAGAAAUUCUUCAAGUCUGAGAAGGGGCUGUUUAUUUUUUCCCAGACAUUCAUGAAGAGCUGAGAUAACACUGUUUACCACAAACUGUAUACCUUACGAAAAAUAAGCCAACAGCUUAGACUGGGCGGCAGUUGAAUUUUUUAUUACGUUCUGUUUUUCUAAAUCAUCUUCAAUCUAUCUUUUAAUGUGUUAUCAUCGUGGCUUACCUCUUAUGUUGAGUAUCUUAUGGGUAUGCUCUAUGAGAAGGAAUGGGAAAAUGUAGGUGACUGAGGUUACUGAGAGGGAGCCAUUUUGCCGGCUUAUUCAUGGUCAGCCAAGUUGUAAAACCUAAAAGACGCAUAGAAGGAAAGCAAAAUACAGAAUAUCUAUGAGCGGCCACACCAUGAAGCCUGAAUUGGAUUUUCCAAAGAGUCCUUUCUUUCACUUUAACAUCAGAUACCCCUAAGAACACUGGGAAAAAGCCAACUGUCACGCAAAGUCUCCAUUACCCAAGGAGAGCCUGAGAGAGGUGCACUGCAGCCUCUGCCAUUAACAUCUCUCUUGGGUGGUCAGGUUAUGAUCAUGCUUUACAUAUAAAGAUGAGUGACUCACAAAGCAAACAGCACUUUUAAAAAUCUUUAUUUUGUAAUAUGUGUGUCCAAUUGGAUUGAAACUUGAAAGAAUGUCUCAUUUCAAAAAAUAGUCCUUUCAAUACACUUGGCCCUUUCCUAUAGGCCCUACAGACCUUUUUGCCUUAUGAUAUCAAAAAUGUUUGUGAUUUCCAAUACAUCCCCACAGAAUCUUUGUGACCAUAAUGGGAACUAAGCCCUAACAUGGAGCUAUCACAUGAACAAGUUCAUGGAAAUUCAUGGAUGUAAGAUGUUUAUUUGAAAAUUUGAUUUCUAUGGGUUUAAUCUUAUUUUUAUCAAGAUUAUGUAUGACAACUGUACACAUGUACUUUUAGAUUAUCUAGUCUUAGCUACAGAAAUAAAAGUUUAUGUGUUGUUGACCUUACAGGAGGGCAAGGGAGUGAAUGAUCAGAAAUGGGUUGACUUUCUUUUGAUGCUAAUUUGGAUCCAAAUUUCUCCAAUUUGUGCUACUGUGAAGAAUGAAUUUGAAUUAAUAAGUAAAUGUUUUAUCAUGCCUGCAUGUGUGUUUUAGCAGGUACAGGCAGUGAAAAGAGCUUAUGAAAGUUGUAUUGACCUGAUUACUAAGUUUAUAGAAGAGGGAAGUUGGGGACCUCUGUGGGUAUGGUAGAUAAGGUGUUGUGAUGGGUAAGGGAGGAGUCUGGUUCAGUGGCCUCCUCUAGGCCAUUUAUCUAAUAGCUCUUCCCCUGAAAUGGAAAAUAUUGGGAGCAUGAUAUCAGAAUGACUAAUCCUAGCACACAUGGACUGAGCUGGCACCAGGAAGUGACCUGGUUUUUUUUAAUCAAAUUGACUUUAGAUGAAUUGUUUUUAGGUGAAGUGUCCUGCUUGUAUAGGUAAACUAGCAAACUGACCAGGCCUCAGUUUUGGAAAACAACUUCUGUUGUCUCCAUUGAAGAGACAGAAAGCCUAUACUCAGAUGUUACCUUAACCAAAUUGAAUCAAAGAAAACAAUGAAAUAUAUUAUAGCCAGUAGAGUAUCCAGCCUAUUCCUACUUCCUACCCCUCGUGUUUUUUAAAGAGAAAAAAACAUAGUAUGGAGUAAAGUUGGUUGCUUAGAAAACUCCAUUUUGAAAUCCAGCUUUUUAAAAACUUCUCACAUAGCUUGGCUUGAGCAGGGUAGCAGACUAGACAGAAAGAUCCCAGAGAACAGCUUACAUCUUUACAGUACACCAUAAAAACCAUCCCCUAUCCUCUUUGGACCUUCAAUUGGUGAAGAAAUUAUUUUCUUGCCAUCCAAGAGAGCCAGAAGACAGAGGACUUCCGAGUUCCCAGUGUGACCCGCGGUGUUGGUAAGUUUCCCGGCUUCAGUCACAUCACUUUUUGGAUGCUUUCAGCUUCACAAACCUCCAGCUAAUAGGUGUGACCAGAUUUUUUCUGGCCUGGCAAUGGCUGUCUUGGUCCCUCCCAUUUCUUUGUCAUGAAAGCAGGUGAGACCUCCCUGUCUUAUUCCCUUCCUCUUAUUCCAGGUCAGUCAAAAUCUAUGCUUGUGUAGACUGUGUUUAAAAGUGCUCUUACUCCCGCUCCUUCAUCAGGCCUGACCUGUGAACACAGUGAUUCAAAGGUGGUCUGCUCAGGUGUGUGAAAUAACAGAUCUGCCAGGCCUGCAGGCUUUUGAACAACCACCUUUUCCAUAGCCCAGGUAACUUAAUUUCUUUCUACCACUUCUGACAUGAAAUCCUCAGAAAAAAGGGUUAAAAUUGAUGUGACCUGCCUACUCUUAUGUUGGCACAUUCUUAAAGAGUUCAACAAAGUUCUUUAUGUCAUGCCCUGUGGACUUUCUUCCUCUUAAGUCACUUGAGCUAAUGUAUAUAAACUCUGGACAAAAAUCAGACACUCUCUCCAACAAGGCUUCUUAAACUUUUUCCACUUGGAAACCCUAUAUAGAGUUACGACCCCCGUCUGAAGAGUGCUGCUCUAUAGAGCUGGGUGACCCAGGAAAGUAUGGGUGGCUGCCUUAAUCCCACAUUCUCUUGUGUGUGUGACAAGAGCUUUCUUUGUAAAUCUAAUCUUUUAUGUGAGGCAGGGCUGGCAUUGGCAUGGACGAGGUGUGGCAAGAUACCAUCCCAUAUCUUUUCAUAGGUCUAAAACUGUCCUGUGACCUUGAUAUAGGUCCCCCAGAAAAGGACUUUGCCUGUGAAAAAACCACCUCCUACUUAAUUCUACUUCCUUAUUUCUUCCACUGAAAUGAUACACAAAUUACUCUACUUCAUUUUUUUACUGUAAAAGGAGUCUGGUACUGACCAUCCCUAAUCCUGUUACUGGUCGUUGCUACAGUUUGCAAGUGUUCUCAAUCCCCAAAGAAACGUUGACUCACUAUGAUACCCUCUCGUGGAAGCAAAGAUGAAUACUUUCUCAACUUUGCUGGCCGUAAAUGUGUUUUCCUAAUUUUGUUAUAUUGAUUGAUUGGAACUAUUGCUCUCUCCUUACCCUCCCCACCUCACACUGGGCUUUAGUGCUAAGACUGACACACCAGAUGUCUUUCUGUAAAUGAUCCACGAAACCAGGAUCAGCCUGCAGGCAGUAAGUAACAAACCCUUGAAGUUUAUAUUGGGACGUUGGCUGGACUGAGGAGAGCGCCAGAGGACCAGGUUCCGUCGAACCAGCCAGACAGAGCUGUAGUUUGCUUACCAGGCUGCUCCCGGAUCCAGAAAUGGCUUUAAAUGUGUGCGUUUAGCAUUUUUGUGUGUGUCUACCCCUGCUAACGGGUCGUAUGUAUAUUAAGCCAUGUCAUGUGUUAAAAUCCCUUGACUACUUAGCAGAAGCUCUUGUCUUCAGAAAGGUGAAGAGUGAUUGGACAAAAAUGGGGAUCCUAGUCCCUCCCUGCUGUUGAUCCUGGUCCCCACAUGCCCCGUCCCCAGCUUCCUUGGUUUAUCUCUUACAGGUGCUCCCAACAAGGACUGUUGAUUGUUGUAGGCAGCAGAGUCACCAGAGUGCGCCAGUGUAUUUCUCUUCAAAUGUGCUGCCGGUCCCUGGCCCAACCACUUAAUCUACCCCGUGGUGAGAAGACACCUCAUCCUGUCAUCUCGAAGUAUGGUUUCAGAGUUAGGCCCUGCUUUCCAGAUUCUAGCCUCAUGAGGUAGCUCAGCCAGGAAGAAUCUCACUUAAUUUCUACAGUCUGAGAAGUCUUCUGACAUUUUUGGAAUCAGGAGUAGUGGUAGAUGGAGAGGGAAAGGAAAAUCGCCAACAGCCCUUGUUGGAGUCCCAAAUUCUGUUGCCCAGGAAGGUCCAAGAGCAAGUAUGUUUUAUUCUUAUUUAUUUAUUUUUUUGUUGCAUUAUCCCAUAUAGACAAAUGUUUGGCGUAAGUUUCCCCUGUGAAUUUAGUUUGAAAUGCUACUACUACACCUAUGUAGACCAAGGAAGAGCCUGGCCCCCAACAAAAAGCACUCAGCUUCGUUUAGGAAAUAAUUGCUCAUGUUUUACAGCUGAUCUGACAUUUAGGUGCAACAUUUGUAGAUACUUGUAUCCUGUUAAUAAAAUCGAAUUUACACCG